AUGCCAUGCUUAGCAGGGAAACGUCGCUCACUGCUGCUCCCUGCGCUUCUAUUUCUUUUAAUAUUUACACUUCUCGCCGUCGAUGAAUCCUUACAGCCGGGCCGAUUUAGCAGAAUCGUUACCAGUAGGCCAACGUCCUCGGAAACGUCCACCGGCGCAAAGCCAAAGUCAAAGCCUCGGGCAUCAGCAUUCCACUAUCUCGUGCCAGCGAGCUCUGCUAAUGUCAAAUUGUGCUACAAUAUCGUCUCAGCGGCCGUCAACAGAUUCCCAGCGCCGCUACUCCUCGGCUGGAAGGGCGAGGGUGAGAUGGAUGCUGCCGAGACACACUUGGCCAAGCUGCGCGCCAUCCAAAUAUACCUCCAAGGCCUGUCGACGGACGAGGACGACGACCUCGUGCUUAUUGUAGACGGCUACGACAUUAUCAUGCAGCUUCCCGUGGAAAUUAUGAUUGAGCGUUACUUCACGAUUCAGAGAGACGCCGAUGCCCGCCUGGCGGAGCGCUUCCAACUCUCCGUCAGCGAGCUACACGAGCAAGGCAUCCGCAAUACCAUCUUCUGGGGCCCGGACAAGAUCUGCUGGCCGAUUGAAUGGGCCGCGCCGCGAUGCUGGGCCGUUCCUGGGUCGCACCUGGACGAGCACACAUUUGGGCCAAACCAAGGCGACGGCGGCAUGGCCACCAACGAUCCCAAGUGGCUCAACUCGGGUACCGUCAUCGGCCCCGUUGGCGACAUGCGCACCUACAUCAAUGUCACCAUGGCCGAGAUCGCGCGCACCUAUGACGCCAAUUUCGAAAACAGCGAGUCGGAUCAGUACUACCUCGCCAACGUCUGGGGCCGGCAGGAGUACCACCGCUCCCGGCAGGUGGUGGCGGUUCGCGGCGACGCGGCCAACGCCAGUGCGUGGCUCGAGGCCGGCGACGAGGAGCACAAGCUGCCCGAGCCGGUGACCGUCGAGGGCGAGCCGACGGAGCUGCACAUUGGCAUCGAGUACGAAUCCGCGCUGUUCCAGACCAAGGCGGGCUACGAGAGCUUCUUUGGCUACAUGAAAUUCGAUCAGCCCGGCUACACGGCACGCAUGGAGGUGGACAUGUUUGAGGCGGGCGCCUCGUUCGUCCCCUAUUCCAUAUCGAUGCCCGCGGCGGUGUACGCGGCCCUGACUAGGGUCUAUGAGGCCGCUGUCAAGCCAUCGCCAGCCACUAGUCGAUCUGCAGCAGAGGCACUACCAGGGGCGCCGCAACGGAGCCGACAAGAUUCGGCCACCACCACCACCACCACCAGCUCCAGCCGCAGCCGGCUACCCGCGAGCGAGUGGAUCCGGUCCGUGAACCUGGGUGUCAACUACGUGACGCGUCACGUCUACGCCCUCUGGCACUGCACGGGCAGCAAGGAUCCCAUCGACGACGAGUACAAGGCGCUCUGGUUUUUUCCUUUUGUCGCCAGCCUGCUGCGCGCCAACGCCCUGUCGUCGCGCGCCGGCGACGAGCUGACCGCCGCGCCCAUGGACGGCCGCGCCUGGCUGCCCCGGCUGCAGUAUCCCGUCGAGGACUCGCGGGCGCCCAUGGCCGGCGGCGAGUACGGCGGUGCAUUUACCGAUUUUAAAGGCGAAGAGUUCCUGUCGUUUGGCCAGCUGUGCGGCGAGUGGCAGGAGACUUUGUUUGCGGGCGAGAUGGGGUUGUCGCCAGAGGCUGCGGCGGCGGCGGCAGCCGUGCAAGCCGAGUAA